AUGAACACACUUCUACGCCUAGGAGGUAGCAGGGGGCCGCUGCAGCUGCGGCCUGCCUCCCCCCUUUGCUGGCGUGCUGCUGGAGCAGGGGGGUUGCUGCAGCAGCAGCAGCAGCAGCAACUGCAGCAGCAGCGGCACCUGUCUCUUCAUGAAUAUCAGGCUCUUCAAUUGCUUCGCGAGUUCAAUGUCCCUAUGCCUAUGUUUAGCGCUGCACACACACCCGAAGAGGCUUACACAGCUGCUGUACAAAUGCAGCAGCAGCAGCAGCAGCAGCAGCAGAAAGGAAGUAAAGGGGUUGUUGUGAAGGCCCAGGUGUUAGCAGGAGGCAGGGGAUUAGGUGCUCACGGGGGUACGAGCAUCGAAGACAUCGCGAAGUCGCAGCCUGACUCCAUUGUGAAGAUUCCUAUUGAUGCAGAAAAGGGCUUAGCGAUGGCUACGAUGGAUCUAUUAACAUUAAAAGGAGGUAAUCCUGCGAACUUUUUAGAUGUAGGCGGAGCAGCGCAGCAGCAGCAGAUUACUCAAGCGCUGCAUCUUCUUCAAACAGAUACGCAAGUUAAAGCUAUCUUUAUUAAUAUCUUCGGAGGUAUUAUGAAGUGCGAUCUAAUUGCAAAGGGGCUUAUUGAAGCUGCUAAAACUGUUCAUAUCACUAAGCCCCUUGUUGUUCGGCUGGAGGGUACAAACAAAGAACAGGCGGAGACACUUCUAGCAGAUGCUUUUAAAACUGCUGCUGCAUCAGGGCAGCAGCAGCUGCACCUUGAGGCUGUUAGCGACCUCGAUGCUGCUGCGGCGAGAGCCGUUGAGCUAGCCGCCCAACAGAAAUAA